UUCCGGUACUAGCAACCCCCCCCCCCCCCGCCCGUAUGUCCUCACUGGAAGAGUCCGGUGGGAAACCGUGCCACCGCAAGGAAGGAGCCGGCGGUAGCUUGGUUCCUGAGCGGAUGCUGGGGCUGUAAGGCGCGCGCGGUCAGCCGUUGGCGGUGCAGGGAGGAGGACGCCGGGGCUCGCCUUCCCUCCUCUGCCGCCGCCGCCGCCAUGAUUCCGGUGUCGCUGGUGGUGGUGGUGGUGGGUGGCUGGACUGUCGUCUACCUGACCGACUUGGUGCUGAAGUCAUCUGUCUAUUUUAAACAUUCUUAUGAAGACUGGCUGGAAAACAAUGGAUUGAGCAUCUCCCCUUUCCACAUAAGAUGGCAAACUGCUGUUUUCAAUCGUGCCUUUUACAGUUGGGGACGGCGGAAAGCAAGGAUGCUUUACCAAUGGUUCAAUUUUGGAAUGGUGUUUGGCGUAAUUGCCAUGUUUAGCUCAUUUUUUCUCCUUGGAAAAACGCUGAUGCAGACUUUGGCACAAAUGAUGGCUGACUCUCCCUCUUCUUAUUCUUCCUCCUCUUCUUCCUCUUCCUCCUCUUCUUCCUCUUCCUCUUCAUCUUCUUCCUCUUCCUCCUCCUCGCUUCACAAUGAACAGGUGUUACAAGUUGUGGUUCCUGGUAUAAAUUUACCCGUCAAUCAACUGACCUAUUUCUUCGCGGCAGUUCUCAUUAGUGGUGUUGUACAUGAAAUUGGACAUGGGAUAGCAGCUAUUAGGGAACAAGUUCGAUUUAAUGGCUUUGGGAUUUUUCUCUUCAUUAUUUAUCCUGGAGCAUUUGUUGAUCUGUUCACCACUCAUUUGCAACUUAUAUCACCAGUCCAGCAGCUAAGGAUAUUUUGUGCAGGUAUCUGGCAUAAUUUUGUCCUUGCACUCUUGGGUAUUUUAGCUCUUGUUCUCCUCCCAGUAAUUCUCUUGCCAUUUUACUACACUGGAGUCGGGGUGCUCAUCACUGAAGUUGCUGAGGACUCUCCUGCCAUUGGACCCAGAGGCCUUUUUGUGGGAGACCUUGUCACCCAUCUACAGGAUUGUCCUGUUACUAAUGUGCAAGAUUGGAAUGAAUGUUUAGAUACCAUCGCCUAUGAGCCUCAAAUUGGUUACUGUAUAAGUGCAUCAACUUUACAGCAGUUAAGUUUCCCAGUUAGAGCAUACAAACGACUAGAUGGUUCAACUGAAUGCUGUAACAAUCACAGCCUCACAGAUGUGUGCUUUUCCUACAGAAAUAAUUUUAAUAAGCGUUUGCAUACAUGUCUUCCUGCCCGGAAAGCAGUUGAAGCGACCCAAGUUUGCAGAACCAAUAAAGACUGUAAAAAAAGCUCAAGUUCAAGUUUCUGUAUAAUACCUUCUUUGGAAACUCACACUCGCUUAAUAAAAGUAAAACACCCACCUCAAAUUGAUAUGUUAUACGUAGGACAUCCUCUGCAUCUUCACUACACAGUGAGCAUCACCAGUUUUAUCCCACGUUUUAACUUUCUAAGCAUAGAUCUGCCAGUGGUUGUGGAGACAUUUGUCAAAUACCUGAUUUCCCUCUCAGGAGCUCUGGCUAUUGUUAAUGCAGUACCAUGCUUUGCUUUGGAUGGACAAUGGAUUCUAAACUCUUUCUUGGAUGCCACCCUUACCUCAGUGAUUGGGGACAAUGAUGUCAAAGAUCUAAUAGGGUUUUUCAUCUUGCUGGGUGGCAGUGUACUUUUGGCUGCCAAUGUGACCCUGGGACUCUGGAUGGUUACAGCACGGUAAUGUUUGCACUCAUCUGACAGAAUCCCUGAGUUACAGUAUACAGCUAUGUGGUAAUAUCCAUUGCCAUUGAAAUUCUUACUUGGUAUGAAAUAUAAAGUGUUUCCUUAAAAUUACAUCUUAGCCAACAACCCUGAGCUCCUCCCAUAUCCAGAGUACGCAAACUCUGUGGUAGAAGAUAAGCAGAAGAAAUGAAAGGCAUAGUCCCUGACUAUAUUCUAAUUUAGGACUGAAUGUACCCAGAUGCUUGUGGAAUAAUAUCUAAGCAAGUGCAAAUUCAUGUAAUACCGUUUCGUGUGAUUACAUAUUGUGUUGAAAUAGUUUAAAGGAGAACAGAACUGGGUGGAAUUAAUUGGGAAAAACUUCUUACAAAAGCAUCAUUAAUCAAAAUUUGAAGGAGACCAGACUUUGGCCAAAUGGAAGGAUGACCAUUGUCUUGGCCUGUAUCUCUUGUCCUUUGUCUUGUUUGAAAAGUAUUUUAAAAUUUAAUAGUGUAUUAUUUUGUGCUCUGAAAGCUGAGGUCGAUUACAAUUAGUAAAAUUCUAUAGAAGAAUCUGCUGACGUGAAAGGGAAAAAUCUUUGUCAAAUGAUACCAAAUAAAUGAACAAAACAGGAAGUAGGGCCUAUGAUGAUAUCAUGAGACAUGUUUUGCCCCACAAGAAUUGCAUCCUUGAUAAGGUGUCUCUGCCCCCUCAUAAAGCAGCACUAGCUUUGACAUCCACAGUGAGCUGCAGGAAGCAUCACACACCAGCAGCAUGUGAGCUGAGGGAGGCAGUUGGGGUUGAACCUCGGAACUAGGCCGGAUCUCCUGACAGAUCACAAGACACCCCAGAGGAUCUUCAGCAGUCCUGCUUCCUAUUCUCUAUAGAGCUUUGAAGCUUGGAACCCUUCCAGGGUAAAUAUUUUCUCUUGUGCUGCUGAGGCCAUCUGGGGCCUAGCUCCUGGGUUCCUGUCUCCAAGAAGCAAUGACCUUAAACUCUGAGCCAUACUCUGUCCUCACCAGCGGCUCCCAUGUUUUUCUGUGUCAGGUUAUUAAGUACCUAGUCCUUGUUUUCCGUCUCUCUCCUAAGCUACCUCUCUGGGUCCACAGAAGACUUGGUAGUAUAGUGAGAAUGGCUAUACGUGAGUACAAAUGUGGAUUUUCCAGAGCUUGGGAACUGACUCUUGAGCCCAGAAGAGCCACACCUGCUUCGAGGUCUUUUGGAGUGGAGAUGCAGCCUUGGGAAAUUUGGGAAGUCAGCAGGCCAGUGUGAAGCUAUUGGUCCUAGAAGUAUAUGAGCUUGCUGUUUCUUUGAUGGAAAUACAUGCUUCUCUCGUAUACUCAGAAGUGAUUAAGGGCAAUAACUCAUUAAUAGCCAUCUAUCCAACUUCUUUACUGAGUGGUGUAUUCCAUGGGGUUACCUUUUUCAGAUUAUUGAUUUGCUCUGUAAGCACUAAAACUUUUUAAUCAUUUUUAAGAAACUUUUUAGAUUGUAUUACAAAUUUGCCUUAACAGAAAUUAGACGUUGAAUAUAAUUUUAACAUUUUAUUAAUGACUUGGGUCAUCAGUUAAUACCAGUGCUAAAACCAUACGAAUUAUUGGUUUAUUCCAGAAAAUACAGCAUUUGUUCUAUUUUUAGGUAGACAGUCAUUUGGGAUCAGAGUAUAUUAGCAUAAUAAUGCUCAGACCUGUUCAAGUAGUAGAGCUUGGAGAAUGCCAUGAAAUACUUAUAUAAUUAAUUUGAUUGCAUGAACUAAGCAAUUUACUAAUGAAAAGGUUGUAUAUGUGCAAGUCAGUUUUUUAAAAACCAAGAAAAAAUUUCAAUAGAGGAAAUCUUAUUCAUUAAUUUAUUUUUCUGAGUGAAAAAACGAAACCCAAAUCUCAUUUUAUUUCAGCUGUUAAACAUUUUGAUCUGUUGACCCAUAGGAUCAGGGUUUGGGAACCACUUUACUAGGAAAGAGCAGAUCAGUACCAUUUGUAUAAAACUGGCCUCAUUAUGUAAGAAAGAAAACGUUACGUGUUUUCUUCUUUAGCUUGGUUGUGGGCACUUCUACAGCAAGGACCAUAUCAUAUUCAUCUUUGCAUCCCUGGCACAGUGCAUGAGACAUAAGUACUUAAUAAAUGCAGUUGAAUGGAUAAUGAUUAGUGUUAUUUAUGGAUUAGAAAAAGCAUGUUUCUAUUUAAGUAAGCUGUAAAAAGUAUUAUUGAAUAUUUACUGUAAAUAUAUGUUCACAUAAAAAAAAUAACUUGGAAGGUCUUUGUGUCCCUGGCAUAUUAUCAUCUUCAUGGAAAGAAUCCACUAUGGUUUCUGUAGAGUGAUUGGAAAAAUGGAUUAUUUUCAGGAUUGAAGAAAGUGUUCUUUCUGUGUUGUCACUUUGUUCAACAGUAAAACUUUAUUCUCAGUGUUCCUACCCUGCAUUGUUUACAUUUUUGAGAGUUUUUUUUAAUCACCUACAAUCUGUAAAGAAUGUAUAUAUUCUUUUCAGCAUCUCAGUUUGAAAAGACAUGCAGUUAAACUUGACCUUUUGAUAAUUGCUCUUACAGGUCAUUGUCUGUUCUAACAGCAAAUUGUAAACAUGUGCUUCAUAGAUAUUGUGGCUCUCAGUCAUCACUUUGUCCUAUGGUAUUUAUUGAACAUUCACAUACUAAUGGUGCAGAGGUGUUUUUUUCUAUAAAUCUUCUGACUGUCCUGUAAUUCAUUCUUAAGCUUUAACCUGAAGAUAUCGUAAUUGCCGGCAUUUGAUGUUUAGCAAUAAAAGAAUAAAUGUGUACCAGCAUUUUAUGUUUA